AUGUCCAUUACAGUCGCUAAGAAAAAACGUGGUGCACGCGAAGAUAGAAUCACUAUUGCCGUUUCAGCUUCUGAGCGUUGGAUUGGCAACGCUAUAGCUUGCGGUCUCAUGUGCGAACGUCGUUCUCGUUAUCACGAUGAAGAAUGCCAUAUAAUUGCUCUCACUCGUAAUCCUGAUAGUCGCCACAUUCGAAAUUUGGAGAGAUACGGCGCCGAAAUACGUGAGACAGAUUUCGACAGUAAAGAAACGCUCCACGAAGCUCUUUGUGGCGUAGAUUGGCUAGUCUUCGUUGCUGAAAGCAAUAAGGAUCGUAUCAAAGAAGGGAAAAGGAUGGCGAAGGCUGCUAAAAGACAAGAUGUGGGCGGAGUUAUAGUUUUCUCGCUACUCGGUACGGAUGAAGAAAUGACAUAUACUCAGCGGGAAUCUCAUAAAAUGGAAAAAAUAUGGAGGAAGAAAAUGCGAAAUUGUGUAAUCUUAAGAGUUGGUCUUCUUCAAGAAACCUUGUUGCUUUGGAGUAGAAUGAUCAAACAAGAAAGCAUGUUAAGCAUGAUGCUCGAUGAGCGUCGCGAUAAAUCAGUCCCAGUGAACUUCAAUGACGUGAUUGAAGCGAUCCUUCACUUUGUCAACGACGAUGAAAUGGAUAAAAGACACAGACGGUAUGACUUAACUGGGCCUGAUGCUAUCACUCCAGGCGCUAUCACCGACAUGCUUAGCUCUGCACUCCGUAGAGACAUCGAAUACGAGCAAAUUAGUCGCGGAGAGCUCGAAGAUUAUUUUAGAAGCCUCGAUGAGCGCGAUCAAGACGUCGAUGAACUUGAAGUUAAUCGCCGCCGUGGUGAUGAUCAUUAUCGAGGUGAUAAUUGGGAAUACUUAAAUCCGUGUUCAUUCUUACCCAUGAGAGAAAUUGAAAUUGAAAUUGUCUGCGAUAUCUUAGAAUUUUCAAUGAAAGCAAAUAUGUCGCGCUAUUUAUCUAACGAUCUUCAAAAGCUUAUUCAUCAAGACCCAAUUUCGAUGUACGAAUUCAUUGAAGAAAAUACGAAAGAAUUCAUGCGAAGAGAUCAUCGCCGUCAUCGGAUUCGAAACAUUGAAAAUAAUCCUCAUGAUAUCAAAAAAACCAGAUGCACCGGUAAACCUUUAUGUCAACGAUGCAAGAAGUUCGAUCUUGAAUGCGUUUUCAUUCCGCCUACUAAGAAUCGUGGACCCCCAAAGCUCCUGAAUAACACUGUCGAAAAUAACAGAAGAAUGCGACCUUAUAAGAUUGAGAAACCUUUCACCACCCUGCCAAAGAUCAAUUCGUUAAAAUCUGGUCAACAAAAUUCGGAUCUAUUCUAUUCAUCGAUUCUCUAUAUUAACGAGCAAUUCAUCAAUAACAAUAACCGAGUUGAUUGUUCCCAAAAUUGCUCUUGUCAGAAAAUAGAAAACGCAUUCAAUAAUUGUCGCAUGAUUGAUAUGAAAUUGGAUUUACCACCCUUGAUGACGAAUCAAUCAUUCUUUGAUUAUUCCCCAGCGCCAACAUAUGAAGCUCGACAUCGCUCCAAUGUCAAAUUGCCCUCGAUAAGACAUUUAGAUUCUCCGAUCUUUAAUAAUUUUUCAGAAAUUGAUGAUGCUUCCUUUAUGCACCCUCGACCACAAACAGCAAAUAAUCCAAAAGAAUCAUUUCCAUGUCGAUAUAAAGAAUCUUCAAAUGUGGAAUUUGAAAACUACACGCAGUUUGAGCCAUCACCCAGCUCAAACAUGUGCUCUCCUUCCUUCACCUCGUCCAAAAAUUAUCAAAAUAAAUCAUCUCCUAAUUUCUCAACAUCCUCGAACAUCUUGAUUGUUCCUCUCCCUAUUCGUCCGAAACCCCGAGAAAUCGAUCAAAGAUGGGGUUUAAAAAAAUACUUUUAA